AUGCCAGACGGCAGACAUGCUCUGCACACCCCUUCGAACAGCGCAGGGUCGGUCAAGUCGCACGCAUCCAGUCUAGCCGCUGCGGCAGGCAUGGAAAGAAUCUACCUGAUGAGCGAUGACGAAAGCGAAGACCAGCCAGUUACAUCGAUACGUGGGCCAGGGAAAUACAACCUUAUUGGAGAUCAAGUCGUGUUCGACCGUGGUUUUGGUGCUAGUCAAGUGGGAGUAGAGGAGUUGAUACCGGUCCAGCACCAAUCCGGUAAGCAGAGGUUGGUGACUGUAAAGAGAGCCGUGAAUAUAACGUGGCGCCGUCGCAAUGAGUUAAGGUCGCGUCUGAACACUUUCUACGUUGUGCCAGCAGACAUGCUCGAUAGCGAUGUGCUACUGGCAUCGGAUGAAUACUCUGCGCCCAACAAGGCUGACACGUCUGUCACGAUAAAAGACGCCCGGGAAGCACACCCACCACAAGGACGCUACGCGCAAGGCUUCGGGAGAGUAGAAGAGAUUGACCCAACAAUGCCUCCGCACAUGCCGACGGCGCAAACGUACCCGAGCCAACAAUUCCGUCCCUCGCCCAACAUCCAGCGGGCAUACGACUCUACGCAUGCUACAAGGGACUCGCAACGUGAGCCUGUAGCUGGAUCAUCUGCCCCGGCUGCUCAUUCAAGGCACAGGGACCAUCCUCAGCCAACUGACACGACUACCUUUCAAGUGCCUCAAGCGCCUUCGAGCAGCCAAAUACAAGUGACUGGCCUGUGGGACAACACACCAAUCAAGAUGACGUUCGAUCCAGAUGCCUCGGGAGAAGCCUUCUACCAAGCCUUUCAUCAAUGGGCCGUACGACGCGAACGAGACGGUGAUUUGGAGCGACAGAGAAUGACACUCUUCAUCAAAGCGAGCAAGAGCACGUCUGAAAAAGAAGCCUUCGACCUUUGUCUGGAGGAAGGUGAACUGGAGGAGCUUUGGGAGACGGCAGUGGAAUAUAUACAGGACAACAAGAGAUCGAAGGCUCCGCAUCUUUACGUGACGGUCAAGAUGGACGCCGGAUGA